AUGAGAUGCUGUGUCCGAGCCUUGUGGAGGAGUGAGAAGCGUCUUCCGCGCCGGUUCCGCGAGGUACCGGAGGAAUUUACAGAUUUUCGAAGUUCUGACUGCAGACCGCUGGUGUUCACCCCCAGAAGACCCGAGCCGCUGCGUGAUGUGUCGCUGUCAGACGUAAAGAUCGACGAGUCGGCGCUUCAGUCGACGCCUUUGCAGGAACUUUGGCAACGGCCCGUCGCAACACUCGAUCCCGAACGGAUGGGCCUCCCCCCGUACCUUGUCGAAUACCUCCACCGCCGUUUUGAGCAACUGCGGGAGGGUGAGUCUCCCUCGGAAGUGCAUAAGUGCGGCUUUGAAGGCCUUACGGUCGUGCAGGCGCGUGCCCUGCAGCACUUCUACGCGCGCCAAGACGUGGCCCUCUGCGCCCCGACGGGGACUGGAAAGACGUUCGCUCUGUGUCUGGCUCUUAUAGCAAGACUGAUGCGUGACGGUCCGAUGAAGCUUUUUUCUGUCCUUUUCCUUGCUCAGAACGACAACCUCUGCAUGCAGAUAGCCCGGUGGAUGCGGGAAAUGUGGUGGUACAAGGAUGAUGAUCGGCUCGUGUUUACCGCAACCAGCGACGUACCUCCAGGCGUAGUGUACAGACGGCUCACACGGGAGUUGAUUCGUGACGGGGCUGGGAACGUAGUGAAGGCGGUGGACCGGCGGCCUUAUGUGUGCGUCGCAACCCCGGAGGUGUUUUGGAAUUUUUUUCGGCGGCACAAGGAGGCUCUCGAGAAGCGCGAUGCUUCACGGGGCCGAAAACGCCGUUCCUUCAACCGCACGCCUGCGCUUCCUAGCCUCGAUCUCAUCGUAGUGGAUGAGGUGGAUGAUGUGCUGCCCUCCACAUCCCCGAAUGCUGCAGGUAAUUUACUUAUGAAAGAGCUUUACCGUUUUACCAAGUACCAGGCGCCGGUGCAGUUGGUAUUCACGAGUGCCACUUUGGCUGGCUCCACAGUCAACCAUGUGCGCCGGUUCUUGAAAAAGAACAUAUUGGAGUCGAGGACGUCCCGCAUUUUCGAAAGUGAGAUCCAGAGUUUUUCACAAAAAGUGGCAACAACGGGGAACACAUCGAAGGUGAGUGUUCCAGCCAACAUUCAGCACCUCUUUUACACGGCAGACACAUUAGCGGAACAACGGGAGUGUGUUGCAGUAGCCAUGAAGCAGUCAAACUCGACCUGUUGCCACAGUUACGACGAGGGGAAGAUUUUAGUGAUAUUACCGGAGUCGGCGAGCCGAGAGCUCUUCGUUCGGGAGGUGCUGAAACCUGCUUUUGCAGGGGAUGCUGUCGAGCCUGAGAUAACUCGAGAUGAUGUGCCCUCCUGUAGUCCGCUGCGCUGCAGCGGGCAAGUGAAUGACACUGAAUCUUCCACUCGUGGCAAAACAUUGGCACCGCGUGGAAGGAAAAUUAUUAUUUCCGGUUCAUCUUCCGUACGUGGCCUCGAUAUUUCUGGGUUAACUCAUGUACUUAUGCUGGCGACACCUCGGUCGUCAGCGGAGUACGCGCAUUGGUGCGGUCGAGUUGGUCGUUUUGGUGAACAUGGAGUCUCAGUUGUUAUCUUGAGUCGUUUUGCAGUGCGUGAGGUUAGCGCGUUUUGUGAGGUCCUGAAUAUCCCAUUCAAGGUACAGAGACGUUACGCUGCAGUUGAUGUCGAUGCGGAGCGACGUUCCUUUGGAUCGUAG